AUGCAAAAGAGCUGAGGCUCGCGAGACCCAAAUGCCCCCUCAACUGAUGAACACUAUUGAUGGUACUCAGGGUCUUAUGAUGCUCGCCCAGGGUCCCGAUGGAGUGAUAGGGCUGGUCCCUGCUGCCACACAGCAUCCGGGUCUCGUUUAUAAUUCUGCAGGUGGUUUGGUCACUCCCACUGAACUUGCAAGUGCUUACAGGGGACUGAUUCCUGGUCAUGCCAACAUGGCAAGUGUCGGUAUGCCCUCCGAAGUUGGAUUGCCGGGGUCCGCCGGUUUGUCAGGCUUAAAGUAUAUAUCCCAGCCAGUUGGAUCACAACAAUACAUCAUGCUUGGUGGCGCCUCACCCUCACCUGCCACCGGGACACUUGGCGGAGCCGGUGGCUACAUAGUUCAAGGGGGGUCUGCUGGGGGAGCAGGUGGAUUGCUAGUGCACGGUGGUGCCGGUGCUGGGGUUAAUGGGGUCGGUGGUUUGGUCAUGGCAGGUGCUGCUCCUGGUCAGACUGGUGGUGUGCUGGUGGCAGCUCCUGGUGGAGGCAGCUACUUCGUCCACUGCAACUCUUCACUCCCUGCAGUUGCCAAUGGGGGUAGUGGGGGUUACAUACUGACGGGAGGAGCAGGCACCGGUGGAGGAAUUCUGGUUCAGGGCGGAGCAGGAGGGCAGCAGUAUCUGAUGCAGUAUCCUGGAGGCGGGGCUUCUUUGGUGCAAGCUGCCAAUCAAGCAUAUGAUUUUGGUGGUGGCGUUGGCCUACAACAAGCUAUUCAUUCCAAUAAGAUUUCAGCAUUCUCUAAGAACAGUGGCCAGUUGAGUGAUGGUGAGAAAUCGAGUAACAUCAUCGCCGCCCCGUCAUAUUCCGUCAUCAAUCCUUACACUGGAGCUGCUAUCGGCAUUGUUGGCGGAGCGUCGUCAGCCUCUGUACAAGAUAGCCAACAGUUGGACGAACCUCCCCUCAGACUUACCUCCAGUAAUCAGCAGGAUUCCUCCACACCGUCCACCUCGACCGCACAGGCCACCCCUAAGGUGGGCUACUACAUCGUGCCCAGCGCUGGAAUGGUCGGUGGGGCUGGUGGCGUUGGACUCUCUGGCUACACGGGGACUCAGUACGGCUCGCCAAUCUUUGCGGCCACAGACCCCAACCAAGCGACCAUCAUCGCAGCCCCUUCCCUCACCCCUUACGGCAGAGUUGCCUCCAACCACGCAUCCAUUGCCCAGGGAUACCACCCCUAUAGGCGAUAAAUUCUCUCAUUCAUCUGUCCAUAUUUGCUGUGUGUGUGUGUGUGUGUGUGUGUGUGUACACGUUAGUAUUUUCAUGUUUCCAUGUACAAAUGUCAUAUGUAUCUAAUAUCUGAACAAUGCAGAUAGCAAUCGUCGUCGUCAUCGUUCCUUCUUAUGGAUAUUUUUUCUGGGCCAGACCACUUUUAUGUAGUCACCCACUUUUAGUUGUGGUGAUGGUGACCAUGGUCAUGGUUACGGAGGGAAUGAUGAUGAUGAUGAUGAAGCGGGCGAUAAUGUGGUGAUGGCGAAGGAGUGUUGAUGAUGUGUGUGUUGGUGAUGAUGAUGAUGUCGAUGAGAGUCAUGAUGAUGAUGACACAAUUUAGAUCAGGAAUAAUAUAUAGUUUGUUAUGUUAAAUAUCAUGUUAUUUUCUGUUUAUUUCUAAUGAAUAACUCGUGUGAGUGUGUGUGUGUGUGUGUGUGUGUGUGUGUGUGUGUGUGUGUGUGUGUGUGUGUGUAAAAAUUCCUGUGUCUAUCUUCCUUCCACACGGAUCAGUGAGUACAUGUGUUUCCGGGAUUUUUAAUAUAUCAAUUAAUUUAUCAUCUGUCUGUAUUUUGUUUCAAUACUUAUUUCAAUUUAUUCAUGCAUUAUCAUGUCCCUUGGUGUUUUGGUUUUUUGUAAGAAAAUUAAUAAAGGACGAAUAUUAAUUUUAUUAAUAUUUAUUUAAAUUAUAAUUUAAUUAUAUUAUUAUAUAGAAUUUGUACAGAUUGUUGUAAUUGUUAGGCACCUGAUUUCUAACCUCUACAUUGGGUGGCGGGCUGGUGUAAUGGUUAAGGCGCCUGUUGCUGCUUUUGCAGUUACCAGGUUCGAAUGGAAAGUGAUCCCCGACUGUCGCAUGCAUGCGUUUGUGUGGCGUGGUUUCAUGGAUAUUUGCAUAUGCUUCGUGUCUGUUGUUGGUUAUUCUUAGAAAUGAAAUGAAUUGUUGUAUCCAAUUUUAGUAUCCAAGCUAAUAUCCAAAAUAAUAUUAUGUCUGGCAUAAUGAGACAAUUGACAGAGGACCGCUUGGAUUCAGUUAGCUAUCCAUUUUUUUAUUAUUUAUUUUUUUUAUUGUUAUUUUUCAACGAUCGUGCGAAAUCCCUUGUUUACAAUUGUUUUAUUCUUAUCAUUUUUCAUCACUCGUAUUAUCGUUUUAAUUAUUUAUUUAUUUCCAUUUUCUCAAAAUUUUUUCAAUCUCUGAGAAGCGGACGAGAUUAUUUAAGAGAAAGAGGAAUGGAUGUAAGGAUUUUAAAAAAUUGUUUAAAGUUAUGUGCGUGCGUGUGUAUGUGCGUGUGUGUGAUACAUAGUUAUUUUCGUGAAUAAUUUGUGUAUGUUUGCAUUAAUUUUUAUAGUUCCUUUAUUUAAAACUCUGAUGGUUAUAAAUUCACGAAUUUGACAAAAAUUUAAUAAUUGGGAGGAUGGUAGCUUGCCCCUGGUAAUUUUCACCUUUUUCAACUUUCCUUUUUUUUGCAUCUCAUCAACUUGUUCUAUUUUAUUUUAAUCUGACUCUACAGCUUGCGUGCGAUGUGUUCCAUGUACUGAAUCAGAAAAGAAUGGCCGUGUAAUCUGUUACAACGUCCAAGUCAAUAUCGUUAAGUGGAGAUGUUGAAAUUUAAGUCUCGAAUGAAUUUUAAUGUCAGGCUGACGGUGUCUUGCUUCAUGUGAAAGAUGCCUGUGUAAAACGUUCUUCAGAUAUUUCUUUUUAAACAUGCGUCGGUGGAUAUGUAAAUUGCAAAUAAGUGUUUGCUGUUCUCGUAUCUACGUAUAUUCAUUCCUCCAUUCUUACACUCGUCCGCAGUCACUUUUUCUAAUUGAAAGUUAAAUACUUUGUGUAUUUACGUUGUUGUAACGAUAUAAAUAAUAAAUUAAAAAUAAUCUUUUUAAAUAUUUAUUAAUUACAUGUAUUUAUUUAAAAAAAAUUAUAAUUAAAUAUGUGUGUGUGUAUAGUCUUUUUAUAUAUAUUUCCAAUUUGUUUAUUUCUUGACCAAGCAAAACGACAUGUGGGUGCGUGUGUGGUGUGGUGAAAUAUGUGUAUAUAUAAUAUGUGCGUGCAGUAUUCAAGUAAAUAAUAUCUGUGUGUCUGAGUUGAACAGCGUGUACUAACAUUUUUUCUGUAUCGACUGACUGUUAUCAUUUAAUGUUAUUUGAAUGUAUAUUUCAUAAAAUGCAAUUAAAAUAAAUUGGCAAAAAAUACGGCGGUUCAUUA